GAGCUCGGACUGCAGCGGUUCUGAUUGUUUCGUAUAAAUAGGCCAGUCGACAGUGCAGUUCUAUGUCAAAUCGUUGCAAACCAUCGACACAACAAAAUGUUCAAGCUGUGUGUUUUCGUCGCUCUCCUUAGCCUGGCUGCUGCCGCCCCAGCUCCUGCUCCUGUCCCAGCACCAGCACCAUCUGGUCUGUUGGCUCCUGGUCUGAUUGGUCCUGGCCUGGUGGCACCCGGUAUCUGGGGACCUACCAUCAUCGGCGGACCGCAUGUGGUGAGCGUUGUGCCCCAAGCCAUCUCCCAUGCGGCCAUCACUCAGGUGCAUCCUUCGCCGCUGCUCCUCAAGAGCGUCCAUGGCAUCCAUGGCCCCGUUUUGAUUGGUUAAACGGAAACAGGUCGCCCACAAAUCACCCCCAUACUCCACCAUAGGCUCCUUCCACUCCCCAAACUCAAACUCAAGCAUUUUCCUGCGGAUUAUUUCACCAAUUUACGAGUAUCCUGUGCCCUGUUUAUAAAGAAAGCAAAAACCAGCAAAGUUGAGAAGAAAAAAUACACACAAAAAAAUGUCUAGAAACUAAAAUACAUUUCAAGCAAUAAAAUACCUACCUACAUACUUGUUAUAUAGCGAGCGAAAA